AUGAGAAGCCUGGGGCAGGCAUCGCCCACUAAGAGAAGCAGCUGUUUUGGGUUUGAAAUUCCAACAUGGCAGAGGCUGUGGUCAGUCUUCCCUUCACUAACUUGGAAUGGUUUCAAAUCGCAAGCAUCCUCGCAUAACCCGAACACUCAUUCAUCAGCACAUACAUCGGAUCGAUGGUGUAUAGAGCCGCGAACACGUCCAGUCAGCACAUGGUGUGGCGUAAAGAUGCAGUGGACCCCGGAGCAUGCGCAGUGGGCCGAGCAGCACUUCGACAUCUCGUCCACCACGCGCUCCCCGGCACACAAAGCCGAGGCGUACCGGGCCCACCUACAGCCCAGCUACCAGUACGCCUGGGCCAACGACGACAUUUCCGCACUGACCGCCUCCAACCUCCUGAAGAAGUAUGCCGAGAAGUACUCUGGGAUUUUAGAGGGCCCUAGCGAAAGGGUGCUCCUGAGCACCUACGUGGAUGCCGCCCCGGGCCUCCUAAACGGGAGGAAGUUGGAGGGAGAGACCUGGCAGGAGGGCAGCUUGUAUCCCAUGAACUGCGUCCCCGACAUCAUUUCGGCCAGCAAAAGCGGGGCGGCUCCCCCCGGCCCCCCGGGGGACGUCUCGGUGAGUAUGGGUGGCUCCCCGGGUGUGGCGGCCAGCCUGUCAGAGCCCAGCUACUCCGGCGGUAACUGCAGGAGCCAUGCGGCCUCCGGUCUCCACUCCGACCUCCCGUCUCAGGAAUACGGCCCAGGGUACAACGGCUCCUACCUGCACUCGAGCUACAGCAGCCAGCCUGCUCCUGCCCUCCCCUCCCCGCUGCACAGUGCCGGACUCCUCCAGCCCCCACCUCCCCCACCCCCUCCCCCUACUCUAGUGCCCAGCUACAACACUGGGUCUCCGAAUCUGUCCGGCUACAAUUACCCCCCGGCGGGGUAUCCUCCGCAGACUGCAAUUGCCACUGUGUAUAGUCCUGGGGGAGCAACCCCUUCCUCUGCCUACUUGCCCUCGGGAAUUGCAGCACCCACACCCUUGCCCCCUUCCAGCCUCCCUGGCUACACCUACCAGUCCCAUAACCUUGCACCAAUUGCACCGACACCUUUGAACAGCAGUUCAGCCAACUCGCUGAAGAGAAAAGCUUUCUACAUGACGGAGCAAGGAGAAAUGGACUCCAGUUAUGGAAAUUUCAACUACAGCCAACAGCAAUCGAGUCACAGCCCCAUGUACAGAAUGGCAGACAACAGCAUCUCAAACACGGGCAGGGGGAAUGGAUUUGACAGAAGUGCUGAGGCGUCAUCUUUAGCAUUUAAGCCUACGAAGCAGCUGCUGCCCUCUGAUCAGCCGAGAAAAUUCAGCAGUCAGUCAGGCAGGGCACUCACCCCGCCGUCUUUCAGCUCGGCCAAAGGCUCCAAGUCGGGCGAGACGUUUGGGAAGUUCUCGUCUCCCACUAUGGGCGAGCACGGCGACGAACACAGGCAGCACCUCUCGCACUCCAUGCCUGGGUCGACCGUCCGCACGGCUACCUCACCCAACCACCCUGCAGAAGAACAGUUAAAGAGCAGUGACCCCCACCUCCUGGAUAUUGUAACCUCCGAGGUCGUCCAGCAGUGCCACCCAGUGGACUGGGGUGACAUUGCAGGUCUGGAGCUGGCCAAAGCUACACUGAAGGAGGAGGUCCUAUGGCCCAUGAUGAGGCCGGACAUGUUUAGCGGGCUCACCACGUUGCCUCGGACUGUCCUCUUGUUCGGACCUCAGGGAACGGGCCGGAUGCUUCUGGGCCGGUGCCUAGCUAGCCAGCUGGGUGCCACGUUCCUCCGGAUCAGCGGCUCCGCCCUAGCAACCAAGUGGCUCGGAGACGGGGAGAAGAUCAUCCGCGCCUCGUUCCUGGUGGCUCGGUGCCGGCAGCCGGCCGUGGUCUUCUUCAGUGAGGUGGACGUGCUGCUGUCAGCACAACUGGCCGAGGAGAGCCCGGUGAACCGGAUCAAGGGCGAGAUAGUGGCACAGCUGGACGCCAUCUUGACCUCAGCCGAGGACCAGGUGCUGGUGGUCUGUUCCACCAGUAAGCCCGAGGAGAUUGACGAGUCCCUCAGGAGGUACUUUGCCAAGAGGCUCCUCGUCCCUUUACCAGACAGCACAGCCAGGCACCAGAUAAUCAGCCAGCUCCUCUCGCAGCACAACUACUGCCUCAGUGACAAGGAGGUAGGGCUGGUCGUCCAGAGGACGGAGGGAUUCUCGGGCUUGGACGUUGCGCGCCUGUGUCAGGAGGCGGUGGUAGGUCCUCUCCACACCCUGCCAGGAGCGGACCUCUCGGCCCUUCUGCCCAGCCAGCUGAGGCCGGUCACUUAUCAGGACUUUGAGAACAUUCUUUGUAAACUUCAGCCCAGUAUAUCACAGAAAGAGCUUGACACUUACACUGAAUGGAACAAAAUGCACGGUGGCAGUCAGUGA